AUGAGUAAGGUUUACAGCUCUUGGUAUCAAUUCAAAGGGUUAUACAGUAGCCUAUGGAAUUUUCAGACCGUUCUUCAUCCUGUAUGGCAGCAACAACCUUCGUGGGUUAUCUCCACUAAGGCAAAGAAGAUUUUAUUUCCUCUUCCUGACGAGAUUGUGAAAGAUUCGGAAGCAUGGAAUGCACGGCUAUGGAAAAUUAACCCCACUUCCAUUAUUGAUCAGGUGAAAUUCCUGAUCGCUCACACUGAAUUGCAACUCCGAACCUGCGACUUGCUACUCGGUGACAAUGACACGAUGCAUAUGCUCAAGAAUGAACAUUUCGAUGCAGGAAUCACAGAGAUGCUUGGCGCCUGUGGUUUCGGCAUUUUCUAUAAGCUCGGAAUUAACCAUAUGAUCGCUGCAUCGGCGACGGCCAUGCUCGACACGAUGAGCGAAUACUGCGAUAUCCCGAAACUGCCCAGCAUUGUACCAUCAGUCCUUCUACCGUACAGUAAUCGGAUGAAUUUCUUGGAGAGAACAAUCAACAUGCUUGCUCAUGCCUUUGCUGAUUUCGUUUCCUAUCAGUUUGGGAAGAGAUACAAGAAGGUGUGGAGUCGUCAUGGUGUUGAAACCGAUGAACAAUAUUACAAGGAUAGAAUCAACUAUUUACUGUUAAAUUCGGACGAAUUCCUCGACUUCGCUCAACCAACUUCUCCGAAAAUCGUUUAUAUCGGUGGUAUUACAUUACAAGAAAUAACUCCGUUGUCAGAGAGAUUACAACAAAUUAUGGAACGGACGAAAAUGGGUGUGGUUUACAUCUCAUUUGGUUCAGCUCUACCAACUAAAGAGAUGCCCGAACCCUUCCGCGAAGGCAUAAUCGAGGUAGCGAGGACGUUUAAAGAUUAUGACUUUAUUUGGAAGGUUGAUGAAGGCGAUUCAGUACAAGGCGUCCCAAAUUUGCACUUAUUCAAUUGGGUUCAACAAGCAGCACUUAUAGGUGGGAGUUCUGCAUUCAGUGAGACCCGGUAG